GUAAAAUCAGCUGUUUUCAAACGUCUCGUGAAAAGGCCUACUGCAGUCGCAUGGAGACUCCAGCCUUGCAAAAAAGGAAUUUUAUUAUUGUUUUUGUGUUGUUUUCCUCUCCAGUUUAAUCACGUUUAAUCUUCAGUAUGGAUCACGAUUACUGCAAAGUUACCGAAUCAAACACCAGCGCAGAUAAUAUUACGGAUUUUACCGAAGUGGAAUACCUCAUCGAAGAAUACGAGCAUGUCAGGCCACACCUACCAGAUCCGAUGCAGCCCGUACCACCACUCCCUAUCCGGAAGCCAACAGACCGUUGCACUAGUUCAAAGUAUGCUCGAUUGGCGAGGGAAGUGAAGCGCCUUAAACGGUUGCUGGCGAUAGAGCGUACCAAAUGUCGGAUCCUGAAGGCAAAACUGCGCAAACUGAGAGAAGAAAAUCGUAGGCUAAUUGCUGCCAAACGGCGUCUGGAAGCACAGCGUCUUGCUGCAUUCAAGCUAACUAUGCGAAAAAUCUUGUACUUUGGGGGUUAUGCAUUUUAAAGUAUGUACAAGGUUACAGAAAAGAUGUUUCAAAGGUAAGUAGGAUCAUAAUUGGUCCCAGCCGUCUGACAAGACAGACAGCAUUGAGAAAUAGGAAUGGAAUGUGAAACAAUCAAAUAAAACAAGUUAGUCGAGAA